AUGUCCAUGCUGCCGUCCUUCGGCUUCACGCAGGAGCAAGUGGCCUGCGUGUGCGAGGUGCUCCAGCAAGGGGGGAACCUGGAGCGGCUGGGCCGGUUCCUCUGGUCCCUGCCGGCCUGCGACCACCUGCACAAGAACGAGAGCGUCCUCAAAGCCAAGGCGGUGGUGGCCUUCCACCGGGGCAACUUCCGCGAGCUCUACAAGAUCCUGGAGAGCCACCAGUUCUCGCCCCACAACCACCCCAAGCUGCAGCAGCUCUGGCUCAAGGCGCACUACGUGGAAGCCGAGAAGCUACGGGGCAGACCCCUGGGCGCCGUGGGCAAGUACCGGGUGCGCCGAAAAUUCCCCCUGCCCAGGACCAUCUGGGAUGGCGAGGAGACCAGCUACUGCUUCAAGGAGAAGUCCCGGGGCGUGCUGAGGGAGUGGUACGCACACAACCCCUACCCCUCGCCCCGGGAGAAAAGGGAGCUGGCCGAGGCCACCGGCCUCACCACCACCCAGGUCAGCAACUGGUUUAAAAACAGGAGGCAGCGGGACAGAGCAGCAGAGGCGAAGGAAAGGUACUUGGAGAACACUGAAAACAACAACACGUCCACCAACAAACCCAACCAGCUCUCUCCCCUGGAUGGGGGCAAACCGCUUAUGUCCAGCUCCGAAGAAGAAUUCUCCCCCCCACAAAGUCCAGAUCAGAACUCAGUCCUUCUGUUACAGGGAAACCUCAACCAUGCCAGGAGCUCCAACUAUUCCCUGACCGGCUUAACUGCCUCUCAGACCAGCCACAGCCUUCAGGACUCCCUGUUAGGACCCCUCACCUCGAGCUUGGUAGACCUCGGCUCCUAA